GUUCCCUGAAUUGAAAAUUGAAUCAGAAUCGGUGUAACAAAAUACUCGAAUAGUGUUUAAAUCGUAUGAAACGUGUAUUUUAACAAGUUGUGAAAAAAGAAAAGAAAAAAGAAAGAAAGAAGAAGACCGCGUAUUGUGAAGUGAUCAUAGAUCUGAGACGACCAUGAAAAAAAGGGAGAAUCGUCUGGCGGUGGGUCAGAUGAACGAAAGUUCUUACUGCAAGAGAGCGUCGGGAUGCUGCACGCUGUUAUGCUAGGUAGCGGUCCGGGUCGAGGGAGACACGAAUGGUAUCCGGGAUUUUAUUUGCAACGUCGACGACUUGGAUGCAGGAUGAACCGCGCGGAGCAGGAGAACAUAUACAGGCAGAGCAGGCAGCUCACGACGAUCAUGCCAUCUCACGAGGAUCUGGUGCUGAGCGUGCUUAAAUCGCCGAUCAGCCAGCAUCAGCACCAGCACCAGCACCAGCACCAGCAACGCCAGCAGUAUCAUCCUACGCACCAUUCUCACGGGCACCAUGUUAACUGCCAAGGUCAUCAGAAUCAUAAGAAGUGCACGCAUUCAGGUGAGACCAACGAGAGUCUUCCACGAAGCAAGGACCAAUGCUCUAGGCUCACAGAAAAGCGGUCGAGCGCGGCGGCCGCGUACGCCGCCCUGCAGGCAAGCGAGGACGAGCUCAUCACCGAGCACUGCCUCGAAUCGGAGGACAUGGCAUUGAAAACGCCGGGCAGCGAGACCGAGGACACCGAGGACAACGGCACGCAGAUGGACGAGGCCAGCUCUUCGCCUAGUCGCCGUUUCACAUUCCUCAGACGUUUCCGGUCGCCGAGAUUCGGCGAGGCACACCACAAGAGGGUGCCCACGCCGAUGAAAAGGAAAUAUCGCCGGAAGAAGAGCAAAGAUGACAUUAUCAACAGUGAUAUGAACGCCACGGAGGUUGAGCCACCUAGCUUGAACCAAGCUGGGGUACCCGAUCCGUAUUACCCGAUCUAUCUGCCCAUCGAUCAGGCCUUUAAAGCCAAGUACGUGUUCCAUCAUAAAAAGGGCAAGACUUUCCAGGAAAGACUGUACGUGUUCCUGGAACAUCCUGGCGGGUGGAUCUGCUUCAUUUACCAUUUCACUGUGUUCAUGGUGGUAUUGGUGUGCCUCAUAUUUAGCGUUUUGUCGACGAUAGACCAGUACAGUAAUUUCGCGAACGAAACCCUCUUUUGGAUGGAAAUAUGUUUGGUGGUGUUCUUUGGCAUGGAAUACAUAGUGAGGUUGUGGAGUGCGGGAUGCAGAUCGAAGUACAUGGGUUGCUGCGGCAGGCUCCGUUUCAUACGGAAACCGAUUUGUAUCAUAGAUUUAAUCGUGGUGGUCGCGUCUAUGGUUGUGUUGUCGGUGGGAAGCAACGGUCAAGUGUUCGCCACUUCCGCUAUAAGAGGAAUCCGAUUUUUACAAAUAUUGCGGAUGCUUCAUGUCGAUCGACAAGGUGGCACGUGGCGACUUCUCGGUUCUGUCGUUUUUAUUCAUCGUCAGGAGCUGAUCACGACAUUGUACAUCGGGUUCCUAGGUCUUAUUUUCAGCAGCUACUUCGUGUAUCUUGCCGAAAAGGAUGUUGUUGGACCCGAUGGCAAAACAGAUUUUUCCAGCUACGCCGAUGCGUUAUGGUGGGGCGUGAUUACCGUGACCACGAUUGGUUACGGUGAUACUGUCCCACAAACGUGGAUGGGAAAAAUAGUCGCUUCGUGUUUCAGCGUAUUCGCCAUAUCCUUUUUCGCACUUCCAGCCGGAAUAUUGGGCUCUGGUUUUGCGCUAAAAGUCCAGCAGAAACAACGACAAAAACACUUCAACAGACAGAUACCAGCCGCUGCGAUGUUAAUACAAUGUCUGUGGAGGUGUUACGCUGCCGACAAAGCCAUCAACAGCGUGGCCACGUGGAACAUCUACAUCAAAGAUCCAACACCAGCCGGACAACCGUCCACACCUUUGGGAAAGUUGAUUUGUGUAAAGAAGAUGUCUCUGAUGAUCCAGGUGGCAAAAAAGGCGAGCGUACUGAAGAGGCGAAAAUCGAGGAACCGGAUGGACGUUCAACAACAGCAACAGUUACCGCCGGUUACGAUAUCCGGUGGUGUGUCCAGUGGCGGUGCUACUGGCGAUACCGGGGGUCAAAAUGACAACCAACGGAUGGAGAACGAGGGCGACGUAAUCUUUUACAUGGAGGAACCGAAGGCUGGUACACCUAAUCGUGCUAGACGCGACAACCGGGGAAGCCUCUUCACCUCGCAGACGAGCUCCGUCACGGAGGCUACCAGCGAUGAAAUUGACAUUGAUAUCGAGGAACCGCAGAGAGUCACCACGCUGACGGAAGCACAUCGAAACGCCAUAAGGGCGAUCAGGAAGAUUAAGUACUUCGUGGCCAGGAGGAAGUUUCAGCAAGCACGGAAACCGUACGACGUGCGCGAUGUGAUCGAACAGUAUAGUCAAGGUCACUUGAAUAUGAUGGUUCGGAUUAAGGAAUUGCAGAGGAGGUUGGACCAGACCCUGGGCAAACCAGGCAGCUACCUAGCAGGAAUCGACCGAGCAGGCAACGUGAAACCGAUGACUAUAGGUGCACGUUUAUACAGGGUCGAACAGCAGUUGUCCGUGAUAGACAAGAAAUUGGACCAGCUGGUCUACGUGCUGAACGCAGUGGCACAAAAGCAACAAAUACCUCUGAGGAGUAUAGAGGACGACGUGUAACAGAAAGCCCCCGGCGAGCUCGUGCCAUCUGUUUCGCGAUCACCGGCAAUCCCGUGGACUUUGCCCCGUGUUACCAUAACCAGCGUCGCCUCGAACAUGCUCAGCAAAAGCGGUUGAAUCGAUGUCUCCGAUAGCCCUCGAGCGCGGCACAUAUUUACUGAUUCGUGAGACUUCUCGCGUCACGAACCGAGGUGGAGAUAACGAUAAAGGAAACUGCAGGCGCGGACAGUUUUAUCGGAUUAUUCUCCCAUUUGUUUUCUUUUUCUUCUUUCUUUUCCCGUCUUUUCUUACUGUUGUCGCCGUUGAUGAAAGGAUAUAAGAAGAAGUGACGAAUUGCGAAGAAUUGAAAAGAUAUCGAUGUAAGUGAUGAAUCGCGGAGGAAUGGAGAAGUAUCGAAAUAAGUGAUAAAUCGCGUCAAGGAUUUCGAAGACCACCGGAAGGAGUGACGAAUUUGGAUGGAUAUUGGAAGAAGCGAUGAAUCGCGAAGGAUUUGGAAGGGCAUUGAAAGAAAUGAUGAAUCGUAAAGAAUUUGAAAAAAAGUAUGGGAAAAAGCAAUGAAUGACGUGGGUGAAAGGAAAUGGUGGAUGCAUCGAAGGUAGCGAAGGUUUAAAGUAAUUUCAGCAAAGAACCGCUGACAGAAAUGAAAGCUGUGAAAUAAAUGAAAAACGAAAGAUAGAUUAGUUGAUUGAUUGGCUAAUUAAGACGCGAUUCAAGAAGAUACAGUGAAUUAAAGAAGGAAUGAAUCUGUCAUUAAACAUACAAUUGGUAGUUGUAAAAACAGAUUUGGAUUUGUUUUGGAAGUGGUGUAUGUUGACUGAGUAAGACUAAAUGAAUAAUCUGUUGCUUGUUAUUGGAAUAUAAUUGAUAUGAAUUGCGAAAACAUCAAGAUAAAUAAAUGUAAUAUAACGUGAAUGUCAGAAUAGUGAUUGAUUAAAAUUACUUUGAAGAUAAAAUUGAUAAGAAUAUCUGCCCAAAAAGAAAAAAGGGAAAUAAGGUGCAAUGAUUAAUAGAACGAAACUACAAUUUGUUUUAUUUUUCGAAUAAAUCCGGAAACAAAAUACAUUUACGAAAUAGAGAUCGAAAACAAUAUAGAAGAUACGAAACAGUGAAGUUUUGAUAACUCCAUUACUUCAAACUAUAAAAAUUGCUUUAAUUUUCAAUGACUCGUGACAUGGACUGUAACUAAACGAAUAGAGACGAAUCGAAGCAAAGCAUUCACAAAAUCAGAAGAUCAUACGAAACUCGUUUAGAACAAAAAGAAAAAGGGAAAAAGAAAGAACGUUAAAAACUCGGAAAAGAAGGGAAAAAAGAAUGGAAGAUAUCGUUUCCUUUAAACUUAUUCGCACCUCGUCGAUAGACAAAAGAGAAAAAGAACACCAAAGAUUCGAGGAACUCGCUUUCCCCAGCCCAGAGGACGCGCUUCUCCCGGAAGAAAUCGGUUCACAUUUAAAGGAAUUGAAAAUUGGUAUGAGUCAACGGGAACGAAAGCUCACUGAAGAUGGAAACAUUGUCACUUGGAUACUUCCGCUACGCAGGAUCAAUGGUCCUCGGGGAAUAGCCUUCGCAAAACGAUCACGCUAAACGCACAGAAACGAUAAUUCUCUUCGCACGAAUGAGGAAUGAUUGCCAAGCCGAUAGAAGCGUUAGAAACGUUGGAAAUGAGAAAAUAAACGAAAGUUAAGGAAAAUAAAGAGAAUUUAAAAAAAAAAGAUAAAAAUAGAAAAAAGGUACAGAAGAUUCUUCGUUGGUGUUAAUGGAGAUUUAAUCGAUUUACUACGUCGAUCUUCGGCUGAUCGGCGUUUCUUCGCGUCACACGAUGUAACCAAGAGAUCGAAAUUCCGAACGAGUCGGAUUAAUCGGAUCUGCAGGUGAACAUUGAAGAAUUUAUCGAAAUAUGUGUUUUAUAAAGAAACGUGAUAAGAAAGUUGGUAAUCGGAGUAGGGGAAGUGUUAAAAUAAGAAAACCGAAGAUAGAAGAAGCUUCUUCAAAAGAGCUACGUGGGACGAUACGCCGGAGAAACGUACGCAAACGUAUUGGGAACAUCACUUGGGCCAACUAGGAAUAAUAGAGAGGAACAAUAAGCAAAUAAAGAGAAACUUCCUAGACAAGAUAUAUCUCUAUAAUUAGGCUUAUAUACAUAUAUUAUAUAUAUAUAUAGAAUAAUAUACUUAUUAUUAUAUACAUUGUGUGUUUGCGCGCGUGCAUGUGUGCUUGUGUGUAUAUAUAUACACAUACAGAUACAACUUCUAGUCUCUGCUGGUAAUAAUGAUCAAUUAUUAAGCCUUAAAAUUAAUCACGGACUUUACAAAACUUGUUGCUAGGCUAGUUAGAAGGAAAUCGAGGUAUAGCCGCGUGUACGCGUGGACGAUAAGCGGGAACACGCAUUGUACAAAAACGCGAUGUCGAGUUCUAUACAUACUUUUGCUCGAAACGAACAUUUUUCUCCCUCCCUCUCGCUAUCUCUUUCUUUCUCUUUAUUUUUUCUCGAUUUCUAACGCAAACUUUGCCGGACUACAUGAAAAUGUUAUACAUGUAUAUAUAUAUAUCUAUACUUUGAAAUCGUUGAAAUAUCAUCUUCUCCUAAAUGAUCUUUGAUGAAAAUGUAGAAUUGGUAGCUAUAUAGGGUGUUCGUGGUUUUUAAUUCACUCCGCAAGUUUUGUGCGAAUAUGUUUUAAUGUAAAAACUAUGCAGGAAAUUACGAAAAAGAUUAUCUUUUAUCAUGAAUUGUCGUAAAAUCUAUUUAAAUGUUGUAGAAAUUUAAUGGUUUAAUCAUUUAAAAUAUUUAUUUCGAAUUGCUUUCCAACGUUCAUAGUCGCGAUUUACUGACAAAUAUUUGGUUUCCACAGACUCAAACUGUAAUAGAAUGAAGCAUCUUAUAUACGAAAACUGUUCUGAAACACGACAGAAAAUAUAUAGGAGAACAAUAUAAACUGAUGGCUAUUUAAUUUUCUUAAUUGUAACUUUCAUUAAAUCUUUUCGUCUCUGUUAGAGACAUUAGAGAAUUAUUGCCUUAUAAAUCUCUGAUUAAGGACGUCCAAAUAUCCAAAAAAUUUUAUUCGAUACAUUUUCUAACAUAUUUGUACAAUCUCAGAUAUUUAUAACACGCCACGAAUAUCUUAUAUCGAUGUUGAUCGUGAAUGCAUAAAGGAUUGUGCAUUUAAACGCAGGAGACGAAAGAAUAGUGGUAGUGGAAAUAUUGCAGAAAUAAAAAUAAAAAGAGAAAGAGAAAAAGAAAUUCGAUUAUAUUCUGCAUGUAUAAAUACAUUUAUAUUUUCUACGUAGGCUAUCGAAUAUGGCAUAUAACAAAUUGUAAUGUUACUGACACGUCUAAUUUCUAAGCGAUUCUAGACGUGUGCGUGCGUACGUAUGUCGUACAACAAGAAGCAUUUUUCUGUCUAUUGUUCAUUUUUUAAUGACCAUUCGAGUGUAAAAGAACAUAAGGGUUAUAUUUUAUUUAUGACUAUAAAAAUCCUGGGCUCACCAUUUAAACGAUAAUUAGAACUCAAAUAAGUUUCAAAAAGAUGAAAGAAUUAUAGAGAAUCUCUUUUUUUGUACAGUACUUAUCUUCGUUGCUCCUUUUUUCUAUUUCUAUUGCAAUUUACCAAUUAAUUAUAAUGAUAAUGAUUAUUUUUUUUAUUUGAUAUUUGAUAAGUUUUUAAGUAUUUGAUAAUAUUUUUUAUUUGAUAAGUGUAAUUUAAAUCGAAAGUUCGGCUAACAAAAUAAAGUGGCCUCGUUUCGCUUAUAAGUAAUUAAAAUAUUGAUUCGAACAAAAUAAUAAUUUAUAUCCUAUAAUUAAAAGAGAAGAAAUCUUCAUCAAAAUCUUUGAGUUCAAGAUUUCAAGCAAUGUAUCCAUGUUCAAAGAUACAGCAAAUGAAUCUGUGAUAAAUCAAUUCUUUCAUACUCGAUCAUUUCGGUUUGAAUUUAAUUAAACCAACAAGAAACAGAGGAUAUCGUUAUACAUUCGAAUGGUAAAACAAAUCGGCAUCUUCUGCGGAUCGUUUCUUUGAGACGCACGUGUGCUUUGGAAAUGCACGAAAAUUUUUCAGUUUAAUCGAUCUCUGUGCGGGAAGGACCAGUUUCUUGAUAACUAGGAUUACGUACAUAAUCGGGCGAAAUAUUGCACUGAAUAUAUCUAUCGUCUUCACUAUGUUAUUAUUAGAGUCUAACGUAACGCAAUUCUGUAUAUAUAUAUAUAUAAAUACAUACAUAUGAAUAUCAUAUGAAUAUAUAGCGAGAAUAGAGAAACUUAAACGAAGCAGCUUUUUAGGAGUAUUUUUAAUCGAGUAUCUUUUUAGUAUCAUUAAAAAAUUUUCAAAGAAGGUAAUUUCUCGAAUGCAAUUGGAUAUAUAAAAAAUUGUAGAUGUAAAAAUAUUAUUUCGGAUGAUAAAAUUAAUAGGAUAACGAAGAAAAUUGUAAAAUAUAUGUUGUUAAAGAGUUUUCGUUCUUUUAUAGUUGACUAUCUAAUUGUAAUAUAUAAGUUGCCCAAUUAAGACAAACAUAUUCUAGUCGAUCGAUCGUAAGUGUACCAUUAAUAAUUAUUAAGUUAUGUAAUGCUUAUUUUUAUGAUCAUAAUUCGAUUUCUUGUCAUUGUGGUAGAUUUCUCGGUUUGUAAGUAGCUUGGAAAACGUCGCUACACUUCGAUGAAAACGGAAAAAUACUCUGUAAAACGCGCUCCAACGUAUUAAGAUCGUAUGAUAUAAAGAUUCUAUGGUGCCUCUCACUCGACUAACUCCACUAUAACGCAACUAAUUAAUAAUAUCAACGAUAGAAUUAGGUGUAAGAUAGCGUUAUAAAUAACGUAGGCGAUAUCGUAGGACUAUUAAACUAUAUUAUAAUGGCAAUAUAUACAUACAUGUAGGUACGCUCCGAAGGUACAGCACGAAUUUUUCAAUUUCGUAAUGCAAAGUCGCUCGACGUUAGUCUCUUUCGUCCCUGACAAUGAAACGUUUCUCGUUGGAUAAGUAUAUAAAUAAGAAUAAAGCAAGUUAAUAAUUCAUAAAUAAACAUGUGUAAAUAAUAAUUCACAGAGACAAGAUUAUGGGGAAGAAUGGAGAAAAUUGUACGAAAGAAGUGUGAAGUUAAAUCUCGAAAGCAAUUCUUAAAUAGCAAUAUCUCUGUACGCAACAAGCUUCAUGCUUUCAUAUGACGAUGAAAACUAUUUGAAAAAGACGUGUUAUGCUGCAAAAGAAUUGUUAAUAUUACAAUUAAAAAAGUAAUCAGAAAUAGGGAGGUAUGCAUGCAAUUCUUGUGUUAUAUGGGUGGAAUAUUUUAUGAAGAAUACGCGAAGAAAUUAUUAUUUAAGAGGAUACAAAUAUCGUUCGAAAGUAACAUUACUGCGAAAGUUUUGAGAAUGCAACCUAAUUUUUUAUUCAUGCAAUAUAAACAAAAAAAUAUUAUGAUAAUAAUACUCCCAUACUACCCAGAUUAUUUUUUUCAUUGAUGAAAAUUCAACGAGAAACGUUUUUUAGGAUCUCGAAACUUUUAUGUCAUUAAUCCUAAAAUCGUUUCAAGAGAACGUUUUAAGAGUUUAUGAAUUUUAAAAAUCACUCGAUUAUUAUAUUGCCGACCACAAGUAGAGACAAUCAAUAAUGUGAAUACGCGCGUAAAGAGUAUAUAAACAUUAACGAUUUCGUUUUCCGAUAGAAUCUCUUUGUGAACGAUGAUUAAUAAUUAAUGUUGGAACACACGACUUUUCGAUUCUAUGAGAAUACUCUGGGAACAUUUAUUAUAAAUUAACUAACUGAUAAUCUCGGGAGAACGGCGUGAAAGAAUCGUGUUAAGUUUAAACCGAAAAAGUCAUACUUGAAAAUCGUUUCAAAAGUGAUUAAUUUUAAGGGAUGAAACUCGAGGUACGUUUUUGGAUCAUAAUGAGAACCCGUACUAGAUAGGUACUGGGUAGAUUCUUAUUUGACAUUGCAAUAAUCUCCAAAUUGACCCAUUCAGUCAAAUUUAAGUAACUUGAGAAAUUUGGUAAACAUACAAAGAUAAUUUUAUAUGUAUAUUUUUUUUAUUAAGCUUUUCCUUCUCUUUUUACUAUAACGUAAACUAUACAAGAUGAAAACUAAAACGUUUAAAUUUGUAUGACAUUUUUUUACGAUAAUAUGAAAAGUAAAGUGUUAUAAAUUAUCAAUGGUUUUCAUAUUGUUUAAUUUUCAGUUGAAACAUGGAUCGGUAUAUUUUAUAACUAUAUAUUUAUUAUACAAUUCUAUUUAUUUCAGUUACUUGAUAAAAACAAUAAAAUGUCAACAUUGUCCAGGAUUGGUAACGAUGGUUCUGAAAGUUUUAGCUUUUCACGUGAAUUAGCCAUCUAUCUCAUACGGCCUCUUUUCCUGGACAUAUAUCUCUUGAAUAACUUACGAGUAUGUACUAGUAAAUAACGAUAUAAUUUCAUUUUCACUUUGUUGUCACGUUAUUUAUCUAAUAUUCCAGUCAUGAGGGUCAAUACAAAGAAUUUUAUCUGAAUUUAUACAAAAAGAAGUAUCGAAACACGGGCAAUCGAAGCGUCCAAAACUUAUACUUACAACGGUAUAUCUUAUUUUCGUUGUACAACAUUUUAACUGGACCACCGUAAUGUCUGCUAAUUACAAUAGAAAACAUUUACGAGACUUCGAAUAAAAUCAAAUUGUGCAUAAAUAUUAUCAUGUUUAUUCAUAUAGGAAGGUAGUAUUAAUCGACGCUCAUCAAAACCAUAGUGAUUAAAGAAAAGAAAGAACAUAAAAAAAAGCAUAAGAAAAAGAAAUAAAAAUUAUCUUAAACUUCAAUCUUAAAAAUCAUGUGAAAUCAGGAAAACUUUUCCAAUUAUUUUUUAAUCGAAUCGUCUACAAAUCUUUACCAUAAAUGUGCUUGAGAAGUAGGUUGUAUCUUCGUUUGCAAAAUUCAACAUGUUUCUCGUUAUAUACUCCGAGCAUAGAGAGACGAUUUUUGCGAAUUGUAAAGAAAUGUUAUAAAGGAUAAGUAUAAAAAUAUAUAUUAUCACAGUCGUGAUAAUGUUUUACAACUUUUACAUGGUUGAUAUGUUGUAUUUAUAGCUUUGUUAAAAAUUGUAGAACAUUUAUGGCGAGGAUCUUGGAAGGCAAGUAGUGUUCGCGAAUCGGCCGAAAAUACAUGUAAUACGAUUGUUAAUAGUGUACGUGUAACGUAUAUAUCGUAAAACGUAUAAAUAGAUAUACAUGUAAAUAGACGCUUUUGCUUCGUGUAAUUAUACAAAAUUAUUCACGGAUAUUCGGUUGAAACAAGAUGGAAUGUAACUUUUAUUUAGCACGCUGCCUCUCGGUUUUACAAAGAAUGAAUUUGAAAUUAAACGUAGAAAAAAUGUGAUAUCUACAGGAAAUGUAAUCUCCAUUGCGGUUUAAAAAAAAAAUUCAUUUCACUGAGGAAUUAACAAUUGAAUAAACAACAAUGGUAUAUUUGCGCUUUGUUCAUACCCUCGGGUUCUUCCGAGUUUAUUUUCAACGAAGGAAAAAACAUUUAAUGAAUGCAUAUUUCUAGAUGAAAAAGAAAAUUAUAAAAAAUAUUAUAUAGUAGAAUUAGAAAAUUGAGCGUAAAGCGUUAAAAUCGUGGUUUUAAGAUAUCUCGGACGUACUCGUAUUACGCGAGUUAUAAUUCAACAUAAUACGAUAAUUACGAUAUUAAUACAUUGCGUACUGAUCUUGCAAUAUUUAAAUUUUACACUGCAUAUUUAAGGCUAGAUCGAUUUCACAUAAUGAAAAUAUUGACGUUAUUCAAUAAUCACAUGCAAAUAAGAUUAAACAAUGACAUAGUAACAAAUUGAAAUAUCGUUGAUCUUCAUUAGACAGCUGGUAUUAAAAAAGAAUUUAAUUCUAAUAAAAAAAAAAAAAGGAGAAUGAACUAACAUUCAACUGUCUAGUUAUAGCUUAGACGAAAUUUACUUAAUUUUGCCCAAGCUAAAUUAAGCAAAAUUUUUUGUUUUUCAACAAAUUCUCGUUUUUGAAAGCUGAGAAAGAUUGAUUAGAGUUGCAAUGGAUUUGAAAACCAUUUGUAUAUACACUUGUACAGUAUACUACUCUUCAUAGUUUCCAAUGAACUAUCAAUGAGAUAUUUUAAUCGUAUUUUCUUCUAUUUGGGUAUAUCAAUUGAUAAUUUGAUCGUAUGAUACAAUAAUACUAAUACAUAUACUAUAAUACGACAAAAAAUAAUUUUUAUACAGUAUUCUUUUCUCCAUACUUUUCAAUACUUUUAUAUAAUAUUCUUAUAUUGCAAACCUUUACACACAUACUUUAUAUGAAUUAUGAUCAAAGUUUUUUUCAAAAUUUUCGAAAAAGAAAUUUGAGAAACAUAGCUCCGUACGCAAUGUGUUAAAAUGGCAUCGUAGCGUGUAUAAACGGGAGAAAUAUUAAAUCUACGAAUUAAAAUUUCAACAAAUUUUGCAAAAGUUCUUGCAGUUCGCAAUUAGAACGUGUGAUAACCUUUAGAAAUUUUUUUCCUUUCUCUUAGCAGACACGAACCAGUUUCGUUCUUUCGAUCAAUCUCUAUUUGCUCGCAAUUUCUAAAAUAAAACAUGCUAUUGGAUCUUUAAGAGUUUUAUGAUAGUUAGAAAUAAUAGUAGUUUCUUUUUUCUAGUUUUCAAUUUAAACGUAAUCACAGUAACGAGUGUUGUGAAAUUACAUAUAUACUUGUUGCUAUCGAACGAAAAAUAGCAAAUCUUGUAGAGCGAGCAAUACUGAAACGUCGUUUCUUGUAAAUCCUUAUAACUCAGUAUCAAAACAACAAACAAUAAUUAGCGUUAACUGUUGUUAUUGCUUUUGACAAAAUUAUAGCGUAUGCCACUGAGAAUUUGACCCAAUAAAAUUAAUUCUACUUAUUUCGUCUAGAAACAUCUCAGAAGUUUUGUUUCUGAAACUGUUUAAUUUGAAAAUCUUAUAUCGUUUAUUUUUAAUUAGUUCAGGAAAGUUCGAAAUUACUUCGCGUUUUUACAUCGCGUCACAAUCAAUCUCGCUAGAGAAUAAAGUAAUAAAUAAGCAGAUUAUAAUUCUUGCUGCGUGUUACGCUAGAUAAUUUCAAUAUCGCGUCCUACACAGGAUGGACCUAAAAAUGUUUUGUCACAGAACGAAUUUAAUCGAAUUUGAGCUUUCUAUUAAAUUAUAUAUUUCGAAUUAAGUUCGCCUCACGGCUGGCGUGGUCUAGCUUCGAAAGCUUGGAUCGUGUUGGAAAUUGUUCGAAAAUAUAAUUCGAAAAUGGAGCAGCCAUAGUGAUCAAAACACAAGAAUAUUCGCAGAAUUCUAGUAUUGUCAAUUAUUUAUUGUUCCCAAAAAAUUGGUCUUUUGUUUCAGUGGCAUUUUCGAAAUAAAAUUAAACUUUAAUAGUAAACUGUAUGGAAAGAACAUCGUUUUGCAAAAUGAUGUUUAUAUUGUAGGUUAAUUCUUCUUAAUAUAGAUUCUCUGUAGUACGUACAUGAAAUAUAAAAUUUAUAGAGUUUCGAUUACUCGCUAGAUUUAGGAAUUUGAAAAUUAUGACAUGCAAAGAUUUGUAUAUUAAAUCAGCAAGUGAAGACUAUUAAAUCACACCGAAUCUUACAUUUCGUAAAUUCAUAUUUUUGUAGAAGUAAAUUUAUUCUUGUUGUUUCAGUUCGUACGAUGUUAUAACAAAAAUCGCGAAACAUUUGCUAAUACGCUAACGUAAUUCCUUAAUUAUUUUUAUUUCACAAGUCUCCCGGAAAACAUUCCAUAAGUUUCUAACAAAUCAGCUUUUCUUUGAAGACUAAUAUUAAGAAAUUAAUUAGAAAAUUCGAUAAAUGAAUAUGGUAAUAAUUUUGUUAUAUAAAUGACUAGUGCUUUGUUUUAUAUAUCCAUUCGAUAAAGUAUAUGUAAGAAAACGCAAAAAUUUUUCAGAAUACUUUGCUCGUACAAUGGAACGUAGCUAUUGACUGUGUACUUGUCCACAUAGUGCCGUAUUUUUAAAAUUAAUUACUUUUAAUUCUUAUUCAUUCUGUCUUUAUUGAAAUGAACGUGAUUUCGUAUGUCCUUGAUCCGUUAGUGUCACGAACAAUUACUUAAAGAGCCUUAGGAAUAUAAAAUUUCUUAAGUGGAGAAAUUACUGUAUAUUCGAAAAGGUACCUACAAUUAUCUAUAAUGCACUGAGAUAGAAACUUCAUUAGAAUGCAAUGUUUGUCAGGUUCAUUAACAUCUGCCUCGAUAGUUUUGAUAUAUCAGCAACGAAAUCGAAAGCAAUAAUCGCUUAAUUACAGAAUUAUGCUACCGAUGUUUCUUCAUCUACUAGAUAGAUAAUUUCCAUUUUUUUACUCUCACGCCCUCGAUCAUGUAAAAUCAAACAGCUAAACCUGCGUUGUUACUAUAGUGAAUCUUGUUCUCUCUUUAAUUAAAUAUACAUUGGUACGAACGCACAAAGUGAUAGUAACUAACAACAUAGUUCAAAAGUUCAAGCAAAGAUACUUGAAAUAAUCUCCUUUUAUCCUCAGUCGUGAUACUUUUGGAUCAAGGAUCAAUACGUUUCCUGUAUUAUCCUGGUUUCACGUUUCUUAUAUUUUUAUGUGUAGAUGAAAUCUAGUGCAUCAAAAUGUGUUUUAAAUUAUGGAAAAGGAAAGGAACCUGAUACACGAAGGAUGAUUUUUUCCAAUCGUCAAAGCGAAUUCUACGUGUACCAUAAUUACAAAAAUGCAUGUGAUUUUAUACACUGGGUAAAAUAAAACGAGAGAAAGAUAAAAUCAAACAAAAGAACGAAGAAAAGACAUAAUUUACUCUAUAUUUUCGAACAAUCAUGAAAGACAAACUACUAACUAAACUAAAUCCUAUUUCCAUAAUGAAAUCAAAUUUUAUGUAAAUCAAUCACAAUUAAGUUCUCAUUACAGUAGAAUCAAUUUUAAUCGAACCAACGAAAAUCGAAUAUCUACUUUCAAUUUUUAAACAAACUUCAUUGUAAAAUCCACGCUCGAUCGGAUUUUCUUGGAGGAACGUGUAAAUGUAUUUGUGAUUCUCAAAUCGAUUAGAAAUAAGGUGGGAAAUGAAAGUAGCUGAACAAUUUUGCGAUGCAGGAAACGUAUUCGUUGCGAGCGAAAUAAAAGAAAGAAAGUAAAAUAAUCGCGAGAAGGGUUCACGAUCGAAUCUUUUGAAGCUACGGAAACGAGAUAAACGAAACUCAAUCAUAUCACCGUAGUUGCCUCUACUAUCCGCUAAUAGUAGCUCGUCGACAAUACUGUUGACUUUUUAACGUUAAAUGGUUGGAACAAUCACGGAAAUUUUUAAAAGCAAUCCGAUUUCCGCGAUCGAUCUGACACGCGCUGUGUUUUUACUACUACUCUCUAUUAUAGUUACCGAAUAAACGAGCUAUCUAAUGUGACUAUCAAUUACGAUUAUACUUAACGAUCACGCAAAACUAUCUUUAAGAUCGUACUUGAAGAGUUGGAAAGCUAAAUGAUAAAUUCUUCGAAAAAAUGGCUAUGUAUAUUAACCCUGCUUGUGACGUUUUCGCCAUUUUUAGUCCAAUCGUGUUUUUUAAUGUUAAAAAGGUUCCUUAAGUUUAAGGGAAUUGUGAAACAAAUCGUCGAUAAGAGCAAUUUCAAAUUUGUAUUUUAUAUUGAAAUUUGUCUGGUUUGUUGAAACAGAUCCGAAAUUGGCAUAUAAAUACUCAGGAAUCAUAGCACGAUUAAAAGAAUUUAUUUAUUUAGCGAUAUUGAGGUAUUGCAAUAAGCUACACGUGCUUUCCCGCUAUUGCAUGAUAUCUAUAUUUUGUUAAAGGAUCGUAAGAAUCGGAACACUGUAACAGACAAAACUUGGAAAUCGUGUAAUAGCGUGAGAUAUCAUUGGAAAUAUCAUUGGAAAAAUAAAAAUGAAUUCUCGUCAUUUGGUUUUUUAACUCCUUCUACUGUAAAUACAUGGCAUGUACUUACUUACACUAUGGUUACUAUACACGAAUACAGACGUUUCGAGCGAAUUGUGUUGCCCAAGAGUGGCGUUAUGAGAACUCGUAAAACAAUCGAUGGAGCCUCUGGGAAGUUCGCACUAAUAUUUAAUACGAUAUACGGUAAUUUGUAUAAAUAAUGUCGAAGCUAUCCGGAAUUAGACAUUUAAUAUGGAAGAAAUUCUAGGAUUAUUUCUAAAUCGAAUCGUAUUUAAAAUGAAGGUAGAUUAAGCAAGCUAUGAUACAAGACGGAAUAUUUACGAUCAAAUGUAUAACUAAGUAUUAACACGAACGUUCCAAGGGAUUUAAUAAUAUUGCAGAUCGAUAUGUUGUGAUACAGACACAUUGUCAAAUUACUAAACUCGUUCCAAUGGCACAUCACCAAAUAUUUGUAUAAUAUGAUGUACAUAAACUUUAAGAAUCAAAUCUCGAAAGGUUCUUGAGCAACAUUAUUCGUUUUAACAGUCUGUGCAAUAUAAAAUAGACUAUACUAUCGCUGUACCGAUAAAUCGUAAUCGAUAAAUACAGAGAUCGACGUAUUGAAAAAUAUAAUUGGCAAUUCAACCUGUACGCUGUAGUUUGUCCAACUUUUGCACUGGCUGUGUGUCUUUUUCUACGUUCGAAAAAUUGUCGGUCGAUCAUUAUUGCGAGUACGUAAUUAAAAUAUUACUUCGAAGAUAUUGGAGUCUAUUCCGAUGAUCGCAUCUCUGUUUUGUAUGUUUCUUAAAAACACGUGCUUUAUCCAGUAAAAGUGGGGCCAAGAUCUUUAACGGUGGUUGAUUUCGAAUAUUCGAAGGUGAAAAAAUGGUAUUACGACGAGGAGAAAGUUUAAGUUUAUGAAAUUAAUUCGUGUAAUUACACGUGUGCUUUUGUUUAAAAUAUUCCUAUAUACGCGUUCGUUCGUACACUUGAGUUAAUGAUUUAGUACAAUAUUUCUUUAUAACUUGACAAGCUUAGAAUUUCUUUCCACGAAAAUUUUCAAUCUAAAAAUAUUUCGUUUUGUUAUUUUGGAAACGAUAAUAAUUAGGAAUAUAAAUAAACAAAAUAUUCUUACAUCAUUGAUCCAUUGCGUUUGUAAACUCGUAUCUUUUGUUUUCCUCGAAGUUCACAGUUUAGUUUCAAUAUAAAAUUUUUAAAUUGUAUAUUAAAAAAAUAUCCCUUUUAACGCAAUAAUUAUUCGAUAAAAGUAAUUCCAGACUUUGAAGCAAUUUUCAAGAAAUACGAAUCAUCGCCGUUUAUUUAAAGAAAAUGGCAAUGUGAGAAUAAUUCAAAGCAAGAGAUUAGAGAAACUGAACAUAACGAUCCGUGAUACAAAGGCGCCCGCUUUGUAAAUCAAUUUAAAUAACAAAUCCAGCAAUACUCUUCGAUUUUAGUGCUCUUGAUACUAGAAUCGUUAAGAAUACUAUAUAGUUCGUUGAUAGUUUAACGUGUUCAACCUGGCGCGAGGUUUUGAUAAAAAUCUUGAUACGACGGUGAAUACCAUAUCGUGUGCAUUCCCUUGCAUUUGUUUUACUAACCAGAAAACAUUUGAUAAGAGAAUUCUUAAUUUACUAUUAUCAAAUAAUAGUUCGUAGAUAAAUAACUAGUAUCAAAUUUUAUGAUUUAAUGUAUACAAAUAGGUGACAUUGUAAAUCGUAAUUACAAAUAUAAUUGAGGAAUAUAAUUGAAAAACUUGUUAACUAGAUAGAUUUAAGAGAAGAAAAACGAGAUUAAUAGACAAGUGAAACUGUUAUAAAUUAUAACAUAAAGUUACUGCUGGUUCUGUGACUUCUUUUACCUUCUUUAUUAACUAUAUACUAUUUUUUAACUAUACAGGUGAUCUGUGCCGAAUUCAAUGUUAAAAAUGUAAAUAGCGUUUGAACCGCCUUUAAGAUUAGGAUAUAAAUUUACGCGCGAAAUUAGAAAAUAGCUUCAGCUGAAAGAACUUUAUGCUUAAUAUAUAUAAUAUCCCUUUUUUUCGUACGUUAGAAAUCAAAGGAAAUCAGAGCAAUCCUUGUAUUACAUAGCGCACUACAUGGUUUUGAAAAAUAUAAUUAUACAGGUAUAUAUGUAUAAGGCGUACUACCUAUCAAUACUCAUAAUUAUAUUAUAGUGCGUGCAUAAGUGUAAAUAGGCGAAGAUGACUUGUGAUAAAUACAUAUGUAUUUAUUUCAAGAGCAAUUAAACUAUAGUCCGCCGCGGAAAUCGACUGGGCAUAUUUGUAAAUUCGUAGGUACCGGACUUGCCGAUUUAUAUAAAAGUAUGCAACUCGUUAUGCUUCACGAUGAAAUCGUUUAUUUUGGAAGAACUGUUUCAAUUAUGUAUUUGAUUAUAUAUUAUUAAUGUGAAAUAUUUAUAAAAUCUAGAAAUUUGUGUUUGAACAAAUAUUAUUAGAAGAUCGGGAAAAUAUUCAUUGUAUUGUCUAAUUGUAAUAUUAAUAUAAGAGUCCCUUAUUCUUGUAAAUUUAUUAUAAUAUCUCACAAGUUUUAUUUUCUCUUUGUAAUAAUAAAUUUAAUAUUAGCCAAUGUGAGUAAUGGUUUUAAUUUAUGUUAUCGAUGUGUGUCGCAGUAUAUUGCGAAAAUUUCUUUGAACUCUCAAUUUAUACGCCGGAGGAAACAAAAAUAAUGUACGGAUAGUCUCUAAACUAAACGAUUUAGUCGGAAACAAAAGUUCCAAACAAAGACGAAUAGUCCAAUCACUGUAAUUUCAACCAAGGUAUAUUUUUUAAGGAAUUGUUCAUAGAGUAGCUGUGUAAGCUUUCUUUCAAGAACGCAAUGAUUAGUAUCCUUACUAAUAUACGAUACGGUAUAGUAUCCUUACUACACAGGUCUUUAGCAGUUUGUGUAAUAAACUUUUAAUAAAUAACUUUUAAACUGUCUGCAGGAAGUGUACUAAGUCUGUAGCAAUAUUCGGUGAAAGAAAGGAGACAUUUAUACAACAUUUAUUCGUCCAUAAAUGCAGCUGACGGCAUCAUUGUUAUGCUUCGUAAACAAUUAUAAACAAAUUUCUAUAAAACGUAUUCACGAGAUAUUUCUUCAUGAACAUUUCUAGAAACGAUACAACUAAAGGUUUAAAUAGCCACAAAAUUUAAAUAAUAUUACACAAUUAUAUAUUUUAAAACCUAAAGUAUCAUAAAAUAACUUAUUUAGAAUCUGAAACACUUUGAUAUAACUUUGUUGCACGAUAAAUUAAAUAUUUACAACAACAUUUGCAUAAAACUACUCUUACGAUACAGCCAGUCUAAAAGUGGGAUACCGACAAAGGCAAAAGUAAUAAAUAGUCGAUUUUACAAUAAUAUUAAGGCGAUCGGUUUUCGUCGAUCAAUCUGUUUUAUCGACUGAUUCAGCAGAAAGGUGUGUAACGAUUCUCGACACUCACGAUCAAACGCGAUUGAUCUUCUCCGCGGCAAAAAUGUUUUGCAAGUGUCCUUCCAAUUAACAAACAAACAAGUAAAAAAAAAAGAAAAAACGAAAAUGAACUUGGUUAGCGCGCUAUCAAGGAUUCAAGCGACACUCUUAGAUCUUAAAGUAACUUAAUUAGUCGAGCUUGUACAACUACAUAUAUAUUUUUUUCGCGGUCCAUCCUCCGACAUUUUUUUGUGAAGUAUAAAAACGAUAAAAAUAAAAAAAUGAAAACGAGAGAUAUUCGAGUGAAUUGAUCGUUUCUUAGAAACGAGCGAAGAAAACUCGAAAUGAGGAAAAAAGAAAAAAGAAGUGAUGGAAAAACGAUAAAUGACGGAUGAACCAAUGUAUGAUGUAUGUGUUACGUAUUGCGAUUAUUAUAUUAUAUAUGUACAUGUAAGCGCUAAUACUAUUUUAACAUGAAUUAUGCGUAAUUAUUCGAUCUCUCAAAUAUUGUACAUUUGCGCCGAUAUUGUCUAUACGACUAUACAUAUGUAUAUCAUUAUUAUUAUUUUUAUUUUUAUUAUUAUUAUUAUUAUUGUUAUCAUCAUCAUCGUCGUCGUCAUCGCCAUCAUCAUCGUCAUCGUCACCGUCAUCGUCAUCGUCAU